CGAUGCAACUUUUCGUCAAAGCACCUACAUGUUUGUGAAGUCCCAGCUGUGUCACCUGUUGUAUCCGGACCUACGAUAUUUAAUUUAUUUCCUGUCUAGUCCUGUGCACAUGCUUCAUCUGAUCGUUCGCCGAUCCAUGUUUUUCAAUGCUGACUUGAAGUGUCCCUGCGUUCUCGCCACCGCCUAUUAUAGAGCAACUGUUUUUAAACCAAUAGAUGUUGCUUUCUGUGCUUCCCUGAUAUGUACUGCCUAUAUACACCACCGCGAUAGGUUGUAUAAGCAGUUAGUCACUGUCGAGGUAAGCGAAUCAGUGACGAGGCGGAAUGCCGUCGAUCUGUGCGAUAUUCCUUGUUCCCAUGUUUAUGUGCACAGGCAUUGCACGCACGCACCAGAGAAAGUUGGUCGAGUCUGUGGGAGACCUGCCUAUCCGUUAAGAGUAAGCUUUUAAAGAAGUUACUUCACAAUGCUACUGAGAACUUGUCGCGCGAGCCCAGCACUCCGGAUAUUCUAUUUCAUGGCACGAGCGAUGCAGCACAGUGUGGGUACAAGCGACACCACUGGCCUUGUACGCAAUGACAGAGAUGGUGCUCGAGUUUUGGUGGAUACCUUUGGUCGGAAACACACUUAUCUGCGCAUCUCACUGACAGAAAAGUGCAGCCUAAGGUGUGUCUACUGCAUGCCAGAAGAAGGUGUACCACUGACUUCGAGUGAAAAAUUGCUCACUUCUGAUGAAAUAGUCCAGUUAGCAAGUCUCUUUGUAACUUUCGGUGUGAACAAAAUCCGUCUCACUGGUGGGGAGCCUCUUGUGCGAAAAGAUGCUGUCAAUAUCAUUGAGAGCCUGGCAAAGAUUCCGCAGCUGACUGUGCUGGGCAUCACCACAAACGGUUUGGUGUUGUCGAAAAAAAUUUCUGACUUGAGGAAGGCAGGUUUGACGCACGUGAACAUAAGCCUUGACACCCUAGUACCUGAAAAAUUUGAGUUCCUGGCAAGGCGUAAAGGCUGGCACGUGGUGAGGAAAAGCAUUGACGAUGCACUGGCAACUGGCUUUGACUCAGUUAAGGUAAACUGCGUGGUGAUGAAGGGUAUCAAUGAAGACGAACUGGUCAAUUUCGUAAAGCUCACAGAGUCCAAUAAUCUUGAAGUGCGAUUCAUAGAGUACAUGCCGUUUGAUGGGAACAAAUGGAGCCGGCAGAAGCUUGUCCCAUUUGAGCGGAUGUUGGCAGUUAUAAAACAGGAGUGGCCCAUGCUGGAGCGGCACGAGGACGGACCCAAUCAUACCUCAAAGUUAUUCAAGGUACCUGGCUGGACUGGAAAGAUUGGUUUCAUAACUUCUAUGACGGACCAUUUUUGUGGAACUUGCAACCGUAUUCGGAUUACAGCAGAUGGAAACCUCAAGGUGUGCCUGUUUGGUGGUCACGAAGUUUCCUUGAGGGAUGCUCUGCGAGGGAAAGCUUCAACAGAUGAGCUCCUGAACAUUAUUGGCAGUGCUGUGCUGAGGAAGAAGUUUAGCCAUGCCGGCAUGGAUAAGCUGUCGACGCUCAAGAACAGGCCCAUGAUACUUAUCGGAGGAUAGAGUUCUAUUUUCAAAUGAAUUGUUGUAGUUGUUGGUAGGUGACCUAUUUUCUGAUUUGCUUAAGUUGAUGUUAAUAAACACUGUUACAG